UGGGAGGAAGCGUGGCGUGGAGGGAAGUGGAAACCCCGGCAGCUCCUCGCAGCUUCAGCAGCUGCAGCAGCUGCAGCAGCGUCUCGGCUCGGGUGAGGUCGACUCCGGCGCCGUCGCUCGCUCUGCUUCUACACCCAGAGAGGCGACACCAGAUACUGUCCUUUACGGCAUCGUUUCACUUUCAGUGUUGAUUUCAGAGCAGUUUCACGUGUCGCGGUUGUUUUUAUUCCUCACCUGAAUAGAAGAAGUGACUCGAUUCUCAGGUCUCUGGAGGAGACGGGAGCUCAGGAAAUCGAGCCGUUUCUUUAAUCUCUCUGCUUUUCCUGGAAUCCCAGAAACACAAACUUCCUGACGGCUCGUUUCAUGAAGCAGGAUGGAAACAUGACUGCUGGAGGUGGCGAGGGGGAGCGUGUGCUUUUCACCCUGCUUCACCUGGAGGCUCCUGACGACCGGUACCGUCCUGGUUUUUGUCGAUAGUUCUUGAACCGGUCUGGCAGUGAGACGCAGAACCAGGGAUUCGAGCCAGAACCAUGGAUCGUCUCUGGUCGGCCGGCUGAGAAUCGCUCGGUGUCGUUGAACCUCGGACAGAUGAAACUUACUUCUUCACUUCACUAUUUUUCUUGCCCGGCGUGAAGCGACCCGUGCGAGGGGCGGGCAGGACUGACCUUUGACCUCAGACAGAGCGGCUUGUGGGAGCGUCUUGGGACUGGCUGGGCGUGUUGGACUCUCACUUCCCCUUCAGGAGCCGUCCUGCUGAGUGUGCCAGUCGGCCGCAGACUGAAGCCUCCCUCCGGGAGCAUGGCGGCGGCGGCGGCGGCGGCGGCGGCCGGCUGGAUGUGCGUCCUGGCGGCGCUGCUGUCCUCCUCCAGGGCGCUCGGCCACAGCGGGGAGACGGACGUCUACCGAGUGAGCGCCGGCCGCCUCUUCCUCCUGCGGUGUCCCGCCUCCGACGCCGGCAGCCGUGUGUCCUGGAGCCGGGGGGAGGCGGCGGGCCCCGGGACCGGCCCCGGCCUGCCCGCCGGCGUGGAGGUGAGGGACGCGCUCCUGUGGUUCAUGCCUGUCCUCAGCCACCACAACGGAACCUACACCUGUGAGAGGAGCUGUGAGAAUAGACCCUUCAGGAUGACCUUCUUGCUCUCAGUGACCUCUGAACCCUGCCCUGAUCCGUCUGAGGUCCGGACCAUCCCAAACGCCACCAGUGGAGAACUUCCCUGCAAACAGGAAGACGUCUUCUCUCUGGACAGUCCGAGGGACGUCCGGUGGAUGAAGGAGUGCCGCUCUGUGCAGCAGCAUCGGCAGGAGGGUGACAGAGGAGGACUGAGGCUGCUGGCGGCCUCACAGAGGGAUGCUGGGAAAUACACCUGCCUGGUGGACGUCAUCGUGGACGGGAGGAAGUUCACGGCGGCGCGGAGCGUCCAGCUGAACAUCGAGUCCGCUCCAGUGGUCGUGGAGCCACAGGUGGUGAUCCCUCAGGAAGAUGUGAUUGUUGUUCGAGUCGGCAUGAGAGCAGAGGUGAAGUGUAUCGCCUACAUCGGCCCGGAGGACGAUGAAGAGAUCUCCACGUAUUGGACCGUUAACGGGUCUUACACUGAAACGAUCAGCGAACUCAGCGAGUCCUCCGAGCUGGUUUCCCACGGCGGGAAGGUGUUCUGGCACUCCACUCUGUCCGUCUCCAGAGUCCCGCGCCGCUUCUUGGACGUUCCCAUCACCUGCCACGUCCAGAGCAUGCUGGCUCAUAAGGAGGGCUCGGCCCGGCUGCGAGAAGCGGACCACAGUGUCUUCCACCUCACCGUGUCCCUCUGCCUGGUGGCCUCCAUCUCGGCUGUGGUCCUGCUUGUUCUCUUCCUGUUCUUUAAAGUCGACCUGGUUCUGGCCUACAGGAAGCUGCUGACUCAUUUCCCCAAACCACGAGCUCCAGACGGGAAACUGUACGAUGCCUACGUCAGCUUCCUGCGUCCCGACGCCGCUGGAUGGCCCGACGCCGCUGGAUGGCCCGGCGAGACGGAGAGCUUCGCUCUGCGGAUCCUGCCCGAGCAGCUGGAGGACCGGCACGGCUACUCCCUGUUCAUCCCGGGACGGGACGACUGCCCCGGAGAAGCCAUGCACGACACCGUUUCCAGCAGGGUGAGUCAGUGUCGCAGGCUGAUCAUCGUCCUCUCUCCAGAGGAGGCGCCGUCCUCAUACCAGCUCCGGGACCGGCUGUGCUACGAGCAGCAGGUCGGCCUGUACGACGCCCUGACGCAGAGCGGGCCUCGCGUCAUCCUGGUGGAAACUGGUGGUGCGGUGGACUACAGCCGCCUGCCGGAGUCUCUUCGGUACGUCAAGUGGAAGCACGGAGCGCUGAAGUGGAAUGGCGUUCAUCCAGGAUGUGGAAAGCUCAGCAGGUCGCACGCUGAAAGAACCUUCUGGAAGAAUCUGAGGUACCACAUGCCUCCGGUUCCUGCCCGGCGCCGUCGGACUGUUGUCUGAACCCGGUUCGACAUGGAGCCUCGUUACAUUGACACACUGGAACUCUGGACAGAGUGUCCUGCUGGCGUAUUUGGUCUUUAUUGGCAUCAAGUGUUCCAAUGAAGACAGACUGAAGCAGAAUCUGGAAGAGACCCUAUUCGUGUUUCCCUGCUCUAUAAUAUCUCAUUUAUUCUGGUGCUUGUGAAAGAAGUCAUGAAGGUACAGUGGAAAUGGAAAUAUUAGGUGCUUCUACGUGUUUUAUGAGUCAGUGUCGAGCACAUUUCAGUUCAGGGGUCAAAUACCAUUGACUGUAUGUAAAGAUGGGCGGAGCUAAUGUGUCAUAGCAUUCUCAUUGACUGUAUACAAAGAUGGGUGGAGCUAACGUGGCGUCCCCCACAGCGUUCUGAAGCUUCCAGAAGGUCGUCUUCAUGCUGAACACUGUAAACCAGAUGUAAAUGUGAUUGGUCCAGCCUGUCACAUGACCGCAUCACAUGGACAGAGGAGGAGCUGUGAUUGGCUGAUUCAUGCUGAACUUUAACUCCUAAAAUCAACUCAACAGACGACUGCUGUGGAAAUCGGAGUCUGGUCCAGAAGGAACUGGAGACGGAGACCAGAACCUGUUCUGAAAUCCCACUUUUAAUGUGUUUAUUUACGCUCUGAAAUUCAGCAUUUUUGAACGGCUUCUAUUCGGUUCUAAUGGGACUCGAGUUCUUUGUGAAACCAACAUCAUCGCCCCCUGCUGGAAGUUUUACAGCUUUUUCUGCUCUUCAGCGUUUGCUUCAUUUUUCACCGGCAGAGGCUGAUCUGUCAAAUCCAGUGAAAUAACCAGAGCAUCCAGCCACAACAGGAGAACCACCCUCACCGGAGGACCCCCCUGCUCCACCCUCACCUGAGGACCCCCCUGCUCCACCCUCACCUGAGGACCCCCCUGCUCCACCUUCACCUGAGGACCCCCCUGCUCCACCCUCACCUGAGGAU